GAUGACCGCCUGCUCGUCGUGGAUGAAUCCCCUGACCCAGCGACUCCAUGGCGAGGGCUGCUGCACGGCCACCACAAUCUCCCUCUGCACCCCGACUCCCAGCACGUCCUUUUGAACGGUGCGGGCUCGCCUGGCUCCCUUCUCUCGCAUUGCAUCGUCGUCUCCCAGCUCGUCGACUCUGCUCCCGACCACAUCGCUGCUAUGGAAAAGCCUCUCGCCCCGCCCUACGUCCAGGCCGACGGCAAGUCGCCGUACAUGGUCCCGCUUUCCUCCAACUCUAGCUACACCCCGCUUUCCUCCAACUCUGGCUACACCCCGCUGUCAGCGGAUUCCGGCUACGCCCCGUUCCUGACCACCGCCGGAGAGGACGACAAAGAACCGCCGGCCUACCAAAUCGCGGUUGGGCCCGCCAGGUCAUCUUCCACGUCCAGCACCAACGCCGCGGUGGGGAUCAUUUGUUGCUCGAUCCUCACCGCUAUUGUCAUUGCUGUGCUCUGGUACACGGUCGGCAACAUCAAUAAUGGGGCCAACUCACCAGCGGACCCAACAAGUUCGCCAGUCUCAUCCUCGCGCACGGCUUAUGUGAUUACCCACAACACCAAAGCCCAAUGGAUGCAGCAGAUGGCAACGAGCUUCAAUAAAGGCAGCUCAAGCCAGGUCUCGAUCACUGUCGACAGCAAUAUCACAGAGUACCUGGGCUGGGCCACUGCUUGGUCGCCUGCAAACUAUCUCUGGGUUGAGCAGGUUGACAUGUCUGGCACGCCUCUGUUCAACAAUUCCAUUGCGUAUACCACCAUGUACGCCAGCGAGUGUACUUCUGUCGCCAUGACCCCGCUCGGCAUUGCAAUGUGGAAGAAGAUGGCCACUGCCCUCGGCUAUCCCCAAAAACAGCUGGGCUGGAAGGACAUCAUCACCCUGGCUGCCACCGACAACGUCUGGACCGCCAGCUACAACCAGCCUUGGGGGAGCUUCAAGUUUGCCCACGGCCACCCUGUUUACUCGAACAGCGGCCGCCUGACCUUGAUCGCCACCAUCAACGCCGCCAACGGCAACACCACCUCCCUGACGCAGUCCUCGGUCAGCAGCGCCAUUCCGAUCCUCAAGAGCCUCGAGCGAUCCAUCGUGCAUCUCGGCAGCAACGAUCUGGAUCUCUUGAACAGGAUGGUCCUACGCGGCCCCAACUACCUGCAUGCCGUCGCCACCUACGAGUCCAAUGUCAUCAAGUACAACACACAGAACGCAUCGAGCAUGAUCGACGACACUCUGGUGUUCAUCUAUCCAUAUGACGGAACCUUCUGGUCCGAGCAUCCGUACUGUACCCUGACUGGUACCUCUGCAUACACCCCUUCAUCCGGCUCCAUCAGCGAAUCCUUCAAGGCUUACCUCACCACCACCAGUGCCCAAACGCAGCUUGUGCAGACAGGGCUGCGGCCUAUGCGAUCGAUGCAGGCCACCCUGGAUGUGCGCACCGUCGCCGGCACCCCAUUCACAACCGCCAACGGUGUCGAUCCAAACUUCGAGCUGGGCUCCGUGCCCAUCAUUCCGUACCCACCGGCCUCGGUCAUGACUGCCAUCGUCAACAACUGGACCCAGUUCAAGAAGCCAGCGGUUGUGACCAUGUUGGUUGAAAACUCGCAACAGCUCCACAGCGGUGCCAUGAGUAGUUACUACCUCACAGUGUCGUAUGCCGUGCAGACGUUCAUCUCGAUGAUGUCGGAUACGGACUACUUGUACUUUUACACCUACAGUUCCACCACAAACCAGAUCCUGCCGCCAGGCGACAACUACCUGCUGUCCGCCACCAGGAACUUCUACUAUUAUCAGACCAACCAAGUGCUGACCAGCACCCCGACCGACAGCGGCAGCGCCCUCUUUGACGCCGUUGGCCAGGUCGUAUCCUCCACGACGACGCUUCAGAGCCAGAACAAUGCCAAGGGGCUGUCCAACAUGCUCUACGCCGUCGUCGUCGUGUCCGAUGGCAUCGACUCGGGCAGCAAGAACUACUCCCUCGCCACUCUCCUCCAGGCUCUGCCAUCUGGCACCGACCCGAACCAGGUCCAUGUCUACACCAUCGCCCUGGGCAACAACGUCUACAGCAACUCUCUGUACUCGAUUGCGGCGCAGACCAACGGACAGUUCUUCAGCAUGUCGCUCCGGAGCAGCUACCACACCACCAGCAACACCAUUUCGGAUGCCUUUAACCAAAUCGUGAGUGAGUUUUGAGUGGGAAAGGAGGCUCGUGGGACCCGGUGAAUAUCGCUAGCUAUUGAUGUGCUACUUCAAUGGACGGGGGAGACGAAAUACACACACAC